CCGAGAUAUACAUCUCGAGGCGAUACAGGCCGACGAGGAAGGGCCCGCUCCGUCUCCGUCUAUCGUCGUCGUCGUCGUCGUCGUCGUUCUCCUCCUCAAGCAGGUCCCGCACGUUCGUUCCAUCCGGCGGACGAUUUUGCCGUUAGCCGCGGUGUUCCUCUGUGCCAUAUCCCUCUCGAAACUCGAGUGCCGGGAUCGAAAGAGACCACCCGGACUGGGGGAUGCCCGGCUCCAAUCGUCCUGCGACGGCUGCGACACGCGCCGCGUGCCGUGUGCUGGCCUGCUGCUGAAUCUUCUCCCGGAAGAGAGCGCGGGUCUCCGUCUCAAAAUACUGUGCGGCGCGGCGCAGCGCAGCGCACACAUUCGCGAGCAGUCAAACACAAUCACAUUACCAGGAUGCCUCGGGUAAGGAGACAAGUGAUCCUGGAGGAUCCAGCCAGGCCAGUUACUCCAGACAUGGUGGAAACAAAAUUGUUAAAGUCUGAGUUUCUGGAUGAUGGUUCUUUAGAUGAAAUCCAACCUCCAAAAGUGGCAGAAGAAACACCAAGCCCUCAUUUACAGGAUCACCAAUACGGACAAACGCCUUGUUAUCAAAUAACAAGAAAACCCACACAACCACCACCAAGAGCUGAGAUAUCAGUUCAAGCGGUAAAAAGAAGACUGAAUUUGGAGGUAGGGACAACUGGUCCCAGCCAGUCUGCCUUCAAAACACCCAGAGGUAAACGUAGAAGAUCCGGCUCAAAUUCUUUAGCUGGUCAUACACCCACCAAAAGUAAAACUGUAGAAAGGACACGGUAUGACACAUCUUUGAGUUUGCUCACAAAAAAGUUUAUUCACUUAGUUGAAAGUAGUCAGGAUGGUGUGGUGGACUUAAAUGUAGCGUCAGAAAAGUUGGAGGUACAAAAACGUCGUAUAUACGACAUUACUAAUGUUUUAGAGGGCAUUGGUAUUUUAGAGAAGAAAAGUAAAAACAAUAUCCAGUGGAAAGGCGGUCAAUUACCGAACAAUCAGAAUGAUAUCGCUAAUCUCAGAUGGGAGGUCGCAGAUUUGGAAGCUAAGGAGAACACUCUGGAUCGAUUGAUUCACGGUGCUGAUAAGAACCUUCGCGAGCUCUGCGCGGAUAGACAAUACGCUUAUGUGACGUAUCAUGAUUUACGUUCAGUCUCAAUGUACAAAGACCAAGUUAUUAUGGCUGUGAAAGCCCCGCCGGAAGCUACCCUCCAUGUCCCACAACCGAUCAAUAACUUUGGUCAACAAAAGCUUCAAAUGCACAUGAGAUCGGAACACGGCGAGAUAGAUGUGUUUCUGUGUCCUGAGGAUUCCACAGUCAAAACAUCCUAUCCUGGGUAUGCAACAACGCAAUCUGUGCCUCAAUCAAAAGAAUCCGAUAUACCUUGUUUGCCUCCUGAAUUGUUGGCUAAUCGAGAAAGCGACAUGCGAAUCGAGCCAGUACCUUCCGAUGAGAGUUUCAUAAAUACUCGUCUGUGUACCCCCGUAACUACAGUUACCAGUAUAACAAGCAUGAAGGACGCGUUCUUAUGCGAAUCCGAUGAUUAUGGACCAAUGGGCGGUGGCAAAUUCCAACUCCAAACAGAGGACCAAAUCAGUUCAGAUCUGAGUAUUCUCGAUUUUGGAGAACAACUACUGACUUUGGAACCACCUCUCUCCGAAAACGACUACUCGUUCUCGUUAGGCACCGAGGAAGGUCUUUCGGAUCUCUUCGAUUUUAAAUUCUAGGAAUAUCAUCGCUUAUUGCACGGGCGUUCGUGUCUUUUUGGGUUGUUACUCAAACAAAUGGAACUGCUUUGUCAGUUUUAUAAUGCGCCUUCGCGUUACGUAGUGAUGAUAGUUGGCAGUUUCGUUCCGCGCGUCGAUCUUCGCGAAAAAUUGCAAACAUACAAAGACAUUUUUAUUUAUUUAUUAUUUCUUUAAGCACACCAUUUUAUAUCUGGAAUUUACUUUCCAUAUUUUUUGUAUUUAAAAGUACAAGAAGGCUUAAAAGAAUAGCAACAAAAUAGUCGAGGCCAUGUCAUAGUUUCAUAAAUUGCAUCCUGUUGAAAUCAAAGAUAUAUCACAUAGAAUGCAUUAUAUUUUUCGGUAACAGGAUUUUUUACACCGUCUGUUAUUGUAUGCUCCACAUAAAAACUAUAAAGGAAUGUUAUUGAUCUGUCUGCAUCAGAAUAUUUUAAUAUUUUACGUUUUUUUUUUGUACUCAUGUUUCAUUCUGGAAUAUUUCGUGGUUACACUAUUUUAAUUUCUUAUUGCGGACCAUAAACUCUGUGUGAAAGAGCCGAACCGCCGAGGCACAGGAUAAACAUAUCACAAUAUUGUUAAUGUGUGCUUCCGGCUUGAAAUGGUCUGCGUUGAUCACGUUUGCGGAAUGGAUUGCAAAGAUAUUAGACAAAGAGAUAGAAGAGAGAUGAAAGAGGAAGAGUGUGUGUGUGCGUGCGUGCGUGUGUGUAUGAGAGAGAAAGAAAGCAGAGAAAAGUUAAAAAGCGAAGGCGCUUUUUCGUGCAAUCUGUAAUAAUAUUGUAAAUUGUGCUAAGAGAUAGGAGAGAGCAUGUAUUUGGGAAUUCAGAGAGAGGACAGACUGUACUCGUGUCGGACAACGAUCUAAUUGCUUUUCGUAGUUGUCCAAUUGUAAAAUGAAUGAGGCGGUUAAAAUCAUCGAAUUCUUUCUGAUAUAAAGUCUUGUUUAAUGAAGAAAGGAAGAGGGGGGAAAGACGAGAUUGCGAGGAUUACUUCGUGCGCGCGAAAAAUGACUGUGUGCGUAUUAUUGAGACGCGGAUGUUUUUUUUUUUUUAAUUAUAUGCGACCUAGAGUCUAUCGUCCUUCCUUCGGACGUUGUAUGUUUUUUUUAACGGUUAUAUGUUGCCUUGUUAAUAAAUCGUUCGACAACAUAAUAGUCUUAUUUCGCGUGCUUUUGUAACUCCAACCGGUCGAAUGGCAAAUCAAGAUAAAUAAACGUUUUCCAUUUUGAAUAUAUUAUUUUAUUUUUCGUUAUUCAGUGGAAGGGAAAUUAAACGCGAAGAAUAGUAAUUGUUUUAUAACAAUAAUUAUAUUAUUAGCCGAUUAUAGGAGUCACACGCUUUGAUCAACUUUUUAUUGAAUGUCACGAAGAUGAACGUAAAGUCAAAACGUACACAUGUACAGUAAUGAAAAAAUGAGUGAAAGAUCUUAGACUAUAUUGUCAUAUUUAAAUGCGUAUUUAAUUUCAAUUCGCAACGAUCAUAUUGUCUAAGAUCCUAAGAUUUAAGGCGUAGUACUGUUCUGAACUUGAUGACGGGAUUUUUUUUUUAAAGAUAGUUUCUUGCCGGUGAACACUUGAAUACUGUCGAGUAAUGCGGUGCUGGAAUUGUUUUAUUGAGCGAGAUUCGUGUAGAGAUACCUCUUCUUGUUCCUCGAGAUCUCAAGGAUACACUGAAAAAAUUGUCUGGAAGUCCCUCAAGGAUGUACCCUAACGUACAACUUAGUGUACGUCCAAAGCCAUAGUGCCUACAAAAUAAUCAUACCCUUCUGCAAUUGUAAAUACUUUACAAAACAAUUAUACAAGUGUAAGCUCGCAUCAUAAAUGUGUGUAUGUAUGUGUACAUUACAUACACCUUACAUAUAUGCACACGCACACACACACACACACACACACUCUCACACACAUACACACGCACACCACACGCGCGCG